AUGUACCUUGCUUGUGAGAAGAAUGGCCAAUAUAGAGCGACAAGGAAGUUAAAAUAUGAUGGCAACAAUACAUCAAGAAUAACCGGUACGAAGAAGUAUGGUUGUCCUUUUGAUAUGAGGGCUCACAGGUUUUCCACAAAUGAUGAAUGGAUAUUGACCGUAGUAUGUGAAUUGCAUAACCAUCCACCUGCGGAGCACCUUGAGGGACAUUCAUAUGCGGGGAGGCUGUCAAAGGAUGAAAAAACAUUAUUAAUGGAUAUGUCAAAGAGCAUCGUUAAUACAAAAGAGAUCCUAGUAACCUUGAAACAGCGAGAUGCCCUCAAUAUAAGCACACUUAAAACCAUUUACAAUGUACGCCAUCGAAACAAGGUGGUAGAGAGAACUGGAAGAUCACAUAUGCAACACUUAUUGGGUAAAUUGGCCAAGGCAAAGAGUGCACAUGCAAAACUUAAAAGACAAUUGGGUUCAUGCCAAGUCUCAUUUGAGGUAUCAUUUGAGAAAAUACAUAGUCUGUUUGAGUUGCAACACACUAAUAUCAAGGCUUCAUUUGAGAAAAUUCUAACUGUUGUGCAACAUCAAUUCAAGCCUUCUCAGUUUAGGGAGCUACGGGGUAAUGUGUCUAUUUUUGUAUUAGAGUAUUUGCUUGUGGAGAGUAAGAGAGCCAAUUCCAUUGGUAUUGAUACUGAAGCUUGUGGAUGCGUCCUUCACCACACUCAUGGUUUACCUUGUGCCCAUGAGAUUGCUAACUACAUCAGACAAUAUCGUCCUAUACAACUUGCUACUAUACACUCACAGUGGAGGCAACUUCAUAUCUCCAUAUACAACAAAGAGGAGGAAACGGAGGUGACUUGUCAUGCAGAAGUAGAGUUGUUUGUGAAAAAGUUCAAUGAAAGUGAUGAAACCAUACGGUUGGAGCUUUUGAAGAAAUUGAAAGAGAUUGUAUAUCCGGGAAGCACUUUUCUUAUUGAGCAAGAGGUGAAGCCCAAAACACGUCCUCGGGGUCAUAAGAAAAUCAAUGUUUCUACCUGUUGUGACCCGUAUGCAUUUGAGUUGGUGCAAUCUGGACAUGAUUCUUUCUCACCUAGGGACACUCAAAUCACUACAUUAGCUUCUACUCUAGGAACCAAGAAAAAGCGACAUGCUAAGGAAAAGGAAAAGGUGAAUGCGAAGGGGAAAGUGUACAUUACCAGAACAAUAAAACCUGGUGCAUAUGUUGAUGCUUUCCCUUUUGGGUUGAAACCAUACAUUAAGUUUGCCAAGGAUGUAGUUGCAGAUGGGAAUUGUGGUUUCAGGGCUAUAGCUGCUUUAAUUGGUCCUACAGAAAAUGAUUGCGCUCAGGUUAGGCAUGAUCUUUUGGGUGAGCUGCACACACACAAAGAGGAAUACAUUACACUCUAUGGGUCCUACAAAAGGUUUGAAGAAUUGACAAGCAUAUUGUCAGACUUUGAAGACAGUCUUGGCUAUACACAUUGGAUGACUAUACCAGACAUGGGGCAUCUUGUUGCAUCGUGCUACAAUCUUGUGUUAUACCACUUGUCAUUACAGCAAUGUCUCACCUUUUUACCUCUUAGAACAGUGCCAGUACCUCAACUUGAUAGACGUGAGAUUGCCAUUGGGUUUGUUAACGAAAAUCAUUUCGUCCAGGCCUUAUCGGCAUCCGAUCGCGAAAUUGACUUGACGUACGUGUUAGUUGGAAUUUUUGGAAUAUUAUGGUAA